UUGAUUAUGCCUCUUCUUCCCGCUCCUCUGUAAUCCCUCGCAUAAAUAACUAUGGUGGAAAUCAAUUAAGGCUUCUUUGGGGGGAUAGAUAUUUGCCCCAUUUGUGGAUCGAAACCAUCCCUGAGAUGGAUUCUUUACACUCACCACCUACAUUUUGUGGAUUGAGCCAUUCUUUUGUAAAUACAUAUAUAUAUUCAUUUUAAUUUUUUGUGUAUGAAUUUAUCUUGAUAUUGUGUAAUUAAAUGUACAUUUUGGGUUUGAGUAAAGAUUAAUGUUUAAUUUGUGGACAAGGGAUACAUUUAAGGCUCAUUUAUUGAAUUUUUAUCAGCAGCUUAGUGUGGUUAGUUGACAGCUUGAUGUUUGUGUUAGUGACUGCAAAUCUAGGAGCCACCAUUCAAAAUUUGGGAGGCCUGGGUGUGUCAGGGAGUCCCUAUGCAUGUUCUCCUUUAGUAUUAGUAUAUAUUGGACUCCAUUGUUAAUUGUUAGCAGUUAUUUGGUCUCUCAUACAUUUCAAGGUAGAUGUAUUUGACGUAAGCAGUCUACAGUGAGUUUCAGAUUGGUAUUUGUGGUAAUUUGAUACAAAUUUCUUUUAUGAUGUGGGGCUUUUGUACUUCUCCGUAGGAUUGAUUAUCCGUGUUUUGUAUGCUUAUUCAUCAACUGAACAUGGCUUGGUCGAAUACUGAUUUUAUAUCUUCUUCAUGUAAGAAACAAGAUAUCUUGAUGCACAUCCAUAGACAUAUAGUCAAGUAAUUUAUUUGGAUAUGUUUCUAUAGUCUUGUAUUAUUGUGUCCACGUAAUGCAAGCGUAGACUUAUAGGAUUAUGCUGUAAAACAUUGGGUUUGUGAAAGCAUUCACGAGUUUUGAUGUCAUGAUUCCUGUAAUUCAGAGGUGAAGUUUGGUGGAUGAAAGUAGAAUAAGAAAGUUCCGAUCUUUGUAAAAUGUUUGAGGUUAAGGCCACAUAUUUGGUAUCCAGCAGAUCAAAUAAUGUUUUCGAAGAGAUAUUUGACAAUCUUGUAAAAUUGUAGUAUUGCCCGUUGGUGAAAUGUUUGAUCAAGAUUACAUUUAGUUUUCUAGAAUUCAUAGAAAAUUGACACCUUUUUGGUCUGGACAAGCUAAAAUGCAAACUAAAAGACAACAGCCAGUGGCUUCAGGGACUUAAUAUGCCGGCAACUUAAUUGUUACUUUUGGAUAUUUGCUGGGUUAUUUAAACUGACAUCUUGUAACUUAUUUAUUUCCUAUCUGCUUACAUGCAUUUAUAAGUUGUAGCUCACAAACACAAUUCUUAGUCCAAAAAUCUGGUGUUGAAUAUACUUAUGAGCUCUAAGUUCAUGUCCUGGAGUUUUGGUUGAUGAUGAAAAGAAGUGGAAACACAAGUGGCGGUGAGAGUAGCAAGAGGGAAAAUACAUCCACUCAGGAGGUUCGGUGAUAUACCUGAUACACAGAAGAGCAAGCUGAUGACCUUGAAAAAUUUUAUACAGAAUGCUCGAACCCAAGCAAUGCACAUCACCUCCAGAUUAUUCAGUAACAGCCACUUCGGAAGGACAUUGACAUAAAACAACUGAAAGUUUGGUUUCAAAAGCGCAGUUAUUGUCUUCAACAAACUUUGAAGUUUGAUCUGCCCUGUCUGCCUUAAGCCAAUAAUCUUCCAAUAUCUGUCAAGAUGGCGAACACAAGCCUUUUCUUGCUGGCUGAGGAAACAAAGAGAGAAUUCCUCUCUAAAGCUAUUGGAGAAGCUAUUACCUGGAUACCGGUUCCUGCACUGAAGCUUAAUAACCCUGGCUCCGCUGGGACUUUCUAUGUCUCAUCUGCUUCCAUUGGCGUAGCAGCAAAAGCAUUCAUUACAAUGCGUUCUGAACCUAUUGAGACAAUGGAAAUUCUCAAAGACAAGCCAUCUUGGUCAUCAUAUUGCCGCAAUAUGACUGUUAUUGACACCUAUCAGGUCAAUAAUGGUGGAAAGAUCGAAUUUGUCUACACACAGUAUUAUGCUUCUACAACCAUGGCUUGUGCUCGAGACUUCUGGACACUUCGAUACACUUCUGUAUUAGAUGAUGGCAGCUAUGUGGUAUGUGAAAAAUCAAUUUCUGACCGUGAUGUUUCGCCGACAUCACCAACAUCACUAGAGUCUGUGAAAGGAAAUAAGCUUGCUAGUGGCUUUAUGAUUUGCCCCAUUGAAGGGGGAUCAAUCAUUUAUAUGGUUGAACAUUUGGAUAUGGAGGCAUCUAAUGUACCAGUGUUGAUAAGGCCCCUUUAUGAGUCAUCUGAACUUGUGGCCAAGCAGAUGAUUGCUGCUGCACUUCAUUAUGUUGAACAUAUUUCCAAUGAGAAGAGUGGUAACGUGGAAGAUUGCCGUCUGCAGCCUGAACUUUUGAGAACUCACAGUGAAAAAGUUCACAGGAGCUUCAAUGAUGCUGUCAAUGGUUUUCGCGAAGAUGGAUGGAUUACUCUGAAUGCUGAUGGCACUGAUGAUCUUAUUAUGUCCAUCAAGGCAGUAAAUAUUCCCAAAGCUACUGGUCCAGCUUAUGAUAGUGUUCUUUGUAUAAAGUCUGGAUUUUUACUUGAGAAUGUUAUUCCUGUGAACAUGACGAGAGCUCUGAAAGAGCGUCUCUCAUCUUGGAUCGACUUUGACUUCAGUGAUCAUUCUGAAUCAUAUUCGACUGCUGUCUGCUUCGCCUAUCCAUCGAAGUGUUCACAUAAUUUUUCUGAAAAACCUAUGAUGUUUGGCUACACCAAUCAUAAGAAUGAGGCAUUCGAAGUAAUGCGGUAUCGAGGCAUAUUGGAUCGCCUACCUAGUGUUUCUUCUACAGAGAUUUAUCACAUGCUGAUGAUUAAUGGAAUGGAAGACACUGGGUUUGGGCUUAGCUCGGACCUAUUAUUUUCAGCACCUGACAGAAAAUUGCCUGCUGAAUCUUUUCUAUUAACAUUCGGAUUCCGAGUCAUAUUGUUGGGUUCAAUACCAGGUACCGAUCCGUCAGUCAAUUUGGCACAAGAAGGGACAUCUUAUGCUAUGAGUGAAGUAGCAAAUUAUGGCCUACCACCUGCGCUAAUGACUGUUGCCUUUCAGUUUCCUUAUGAAGGAGAUUGUCAUGAAGAUCUAAUAGACAUGGCUCAAAGCUAUGUUCGCCAUGUUAUUUCAAAUGUGAAAAGUAUUGCUAUGGAAAUAAUGCUGGCAGGAGCACAGCAUGACAGUAACCCUGCUAUAGCUAAUCCAAAUGAAACUGCUGUAUCUCCAGCAUCAACCUUUGCUGAAAACCUUGCUGCUUUGAUAUGUCGAAGCUAUAAAUUGACUACAAGCCUGGAUUUGCUCUGGGUCAAUCCUCCCGCCACUUUGUUGCAAGCACUGUAUCGCCACCCAUUCUCUAUCAUAUGUUUUACAUUCUCGUCUAUCCCGGUGUGCAUAUAUGCAAACCUACAAGCACUCAUGAUGCUAGAGACGACGACAAACAACAUGCAAAUGGUCACUGUGGAUAAUCUACUCGGGGCCUUUAAUGAAGAUGACAAGCUGUAUACCCUCCUCCCACAGAUAAUGCAGCGGGGAUAUGUUGUUUUAUCACCGGGAUUUGGUAAAACAGCUGCUAAUCGUCGGUUUAGAUACAGGAAAGGAGUGGUGUGGCAGGUGCGCGGCUACGACAAUUCCAUCCAUUGCCUUGCUAUGGCAUUUUACCAGUGGGCGUUGGCCUAAAAGGUUCGACUUGAAUUGUGUUUGUCUGUGGAGAGAAUGACUGUUUGUUGGCUCUAUUUCGUCUUGUCUUGUUUGUUUUUCAGUUAUGGUCUUGUUGUUUUUCAUAAUAAAGGUCUUGACGGUUCUAAGUCAAGUCCCAAAUUGCUCGGCUACGCGAUGCUGCCGAAUGCUUUUGUUUGCGACUUCAUUUGGUUUGAAUAAUGAGAA